AUGGGCCGUAUCUGGAUUAUCUGCAUCAUUGUCUUUGGGGCGUAUCUAGUUACACGCAAGAUCGGCCAAGUCGUCGAUGUCGUAUCCGGUCUGAGAAGAGGAUUGGGGUCGUUCGUCAAAGCAGAAGAUGUCGAUCACUGCGUCAUCUGUGGUAACGUCAAGUGGGAAUAUCUUAAGUCGUUCGUACAGGAGUUUUACGGUGAUGGCAGAAAUGCCACGAAGAAACUUGUCGUGAUAUGCGACAAUCCCAAUUGGACUGAAGAAACAUGGAACAAGUUCUUCACUGCGCAUCCGCCGUUUAGGAAUCACGUCACUUAUCUCGAGGGGUCAUGCGUCUCCCGUGAUGAUCUUGACCGCGCUCAGGUAGAUGAUGCGAAGGCUGUCUUUGUUCUCAACAACCAGCACAAUCCGGACCCUUACGCAGAAGACUCGGAAACUCUAAAGCGAAUUCUCACAAUCCGCUCAUACGCACCCAACCUCCCGAUAUAUUCGAUGUGCGCCCUAAGGGAUUCAAUGCUACAAAUAACAUAUGCUCUGGAACAUGUGAGUGAAUCUGAGGCAGAAGAAGGGCUGUCAAGGAGAGGCUCAUUGUCAGCGGGCUUGAGCACAAUCGCUCAAGAAGGUAGACGAUCCCAAAAUGAUAUUCUGGAUGAUGGAGCUCUCCGGGUCGGUUCCAGUCUGGGUCGCACACUUGCGUAUGGAGACUACGAGGAAGACGACGAUGAUGAUAGCGGGGACGACGAUGGGUUAUUUGUGCCAAACUACGACGGGUCCUCCGAUUUGAAGUCAGAGGCCAUUUGUAUGCAGGAAGUCGAGAUGUCUCUAUUGGCGGAAAACGUCUUCUGCAAUGGACUCUCCACCCUUCUCGCAAAUCUUAUUCUUCGUGUCAAUCCUCAAACUAAGGAAUCAGACCAGCCAUGGUCGAUCGAAUAUAAGAUAGGAUCUGAAUGCCGUUUCGAAUACGUCAAACUACCCAUGGCCCUCCAUGACAAGAAGUUUGCCGAUAUUGCCAUGAUCAUGUACGAUUUCGGGGUUCUUCUCAUCGCAACAAAGCGCUUCAUGGACAAGAAGUGGAGAGCGAUUACUCCAGACACAACUAUCCAUCUGAGCACUAUCGGCUUGAUCAUCACCUUUCACUCAGCCACUUUUCUGGAUCGUAUCAUGCAACACAUCGCUAAACUUGUGAGCGAGCUUUACAACGACGAUGAAAUCAACGAGGCAAACUCUCAAGAUGUUCCUUCAAUCGAAGAGGAAUUUUCGGACGAAGGCGUUUCUAGGCACAAUUUGGCUGGGGAUCUUCUAACGGGGGAUGCGUCCCUUGCGUAUGAAUCCCCAAAUGACAACUUUGACACAACACUUCCUCAGGUGCGAUCUGCUGAGGUGUCGUGGAGCGCAACUAGAAUCUUAGAGGGACCUGCGGAAUCCUCAUCGAACGAGCCCUUUAGCGAUCCUAGAUCGUUGCCUGAAUCAUCCAUGCCAUCCAGCCCAUUGGGCCGACGGCAAACACAAGAUCAAGCCAAGCCGCUGAUUUUUACCAGGACUACGCUUCCCGAUGUCAGUGUCGCAAGUGAGGGAACUGCAGUAGGUGAGGGUGUUAACGUCGAAAGAACAUUGCCAAAGCCGGCCUCCAGCUCAAGGGGUCCAAGGCUGAAUGUUCCUGGAAUUGAAGAAUCUUUGCGGCAAAUGGAAAGAUUGGAAGAGAAGGAAGACUCGAGCGGCUCUAGCGAAAAUCCGAACAUUGCAUCUGCGAGCACUGCGUCGAAGGCACCAGCCGGCCAGACUGGGCUUUCCAAUUUGCCAUCCGAUGCCGUUGGUGGAGAAAGAUGUCACCCCACUGAAGUAGACCAGCUGCUGGACUCUGAAGAAACUCCAAGAACUGCGAAGCGCACGUCUUUCCGUUCUACCCCAAAACGGGCAACAACCAAAAUGAAACAACACGUCUCAUUCAAUGCCGGAGAGCCGGCAAAGCAAAGGCGAAGAAGACCGAAAUUCAUCAUGGAGAACGCUGACAAGGACCAACAGUUAGUCUUUUUCGGCAACGACGAACUGCCAGUUGUCUUGAAAGGCCAUAUUAUUGUCUGUGCCAUCGGGCAAAUGGCCAUGAUGAAUCUAAAGCUGUUUCUUGAUCGAGUAUGGAUUGCUCGUGGCCCUUUCUCAAGAAAUACACCAGUUGUGGCAAUAUGCCCGCGAAUUACGGAUGAAGACGAAGCCGAUUUGGCUGGCUAUGAAUCCGGACAAUUGUUUCUAAUCCAAGGUAAUUCGCUCAGCGUGAAAACGUUGAAACGCGCCCAAUUUCAGAAAGCGAAGGCUAUCAUUAUACUUGCUUGUGAAGACAAAAACGAUAUUGACGAUAUGGAUGCCAAGGCUAUUUUCACCAUCAUGACACUUGACUAUUUACUCGGGGAGCGCUCUGAGACAUUUGUCUGCACCAUGUUGGAUGCUGAAGAGUCAAUGCAGCUUUUAAGAGCACCUGGCAAUCCUCGUCGGCGUGGAGCCAAUCUUGCACAGGACUCUGAACCGUACCUAGACUACGCUCUGUCGCCAGCCAAUGUGCGUUCCGGGUUUUCUCGCUUGCGAAGCUCUCAGUCAAAUAGUUUUCGCUACCGAGGGCUAAGCCUCAGCCGGUUCGACUCAAAACGUUCCAUAGAGGGUCGGACUCUUAGCUUUGGAGCUAUGAGCAUGGCGGGGAAUCUCCCGAGAUCGAUGUCAUUUGUUGGCUACCGGAGUCGCACAUACACAAACCGGAAAAGAGCAAUUGAGAGAAGCCUAGGGAUUAAAGACCCGAACCAAUACGCAACAGGGAGAAGACCCACGUUGCAUUCACAUGGUACAUACGGGCACGUGGUCAAUGACGAUGAAGACAUCAUGAACAACGCCUCCAUGGGUGGCACUUCAGCGCUCAAUUUCCUCCUCAACCCAUCCACUAUCACAAUGGGUGGUGUAGGCCCGCAAUUCAGCCUAGCAGACACCAUCAUGGGGAGAGGACGCGGAGUGCAAGGAGUUGUGAUGAACCGAGCCAGAGACGAAUCCUUUGAAAAGCAGCGAUACGCGUCCGGUGAGAUGAUGAUUUCGUCGACAUAUAUGUCUCUUCUCAUUCGCGAGUAUGCUAUGCCUGGGCUCAUGGCUGUAGUGCGCAAAAUCUUCGGAGCCGGUAUCGGAAGCAAUGCGAAGUCAAAACGGUGUUGGAUCCGAACCGUGCGAAUCCCGCAGAAGUGGAUAGAGGCAGGCGAAGGAGGGCACCGAAUUUAUCGAGAAGUGGUCGAAGCGCUGCUUGAACACAGUGCGGUCGCGGUUGGCCUGUAUCGAUCUGGAGAUGUCAUGGUGCGUGUACAGCUUGAAGUGGAUCAAGAGCGUCACUCGGACAGGGGCUCUGUAAAUCCUUUGGACAGUGAGAGCUUCGACAACGACAUGACUUCAACAACGCCUGCUGACGAGUUCGACUCUGCCAACAUGUCUGAUGUGGGCAGUCCUGGCCUCGAGCUUGGAGGUGAUUCAGUACCGCCGUUGAGAUCGAGCCGUUCUUUUGAGCGUACUGCGAUCCUUCAAAACCUGCCGUCUUACGGAGCAAUUCGAGAUCCAUCGCAAAGUCCAUCCCCCUACAAUAAUUUCCCCGCAGAUUCUGGUGAAGAGACAGAAAAUACACCGGCGCGAGUGACGAUUCCUCCCUCAAUGAUGUUCGAUAUGGCUGAAGACGUGCGAGCGGCACAACAAAGCUCCGAUAGCGGCUUGUCAGAACGAGAUCUUUACAAAUCGUAUACAUGUCCGUCAUCUGGGAGGACGGCUUUAUUUAAGGAGGUGCCAGGUGGAGAGAACGUGUUGCCAUAUGUAUACACGAAUCCAGAAGCAUACACUCUAGUCUCAGAGCACGACGCUGUGUAUGUGCUCGUCUCACCGCAAGUAUCCAUUCCUGAGGAUUGGACAUCAAGCAAGCAAGCGCAAAAGUAGCGAUGUCUACGGUUAAGGUUUGUUGCAAUAACGCAGUUGGGAGAAAAACUAAGAACAGGUCACUGGUGUGUGGUAAGGUGGGUGUGGUUGAAGGUGAGUGUAGAGCAUUUCGGACUUUGUAGUGAGUUUGCCUCAAGUCUUGAAAAUUGCGACUUUGUAUAAAGAUGCCCACGCAUCACGAUGGCGGCCU